AUGCCUUUUAAGAGCAGCGCUAGAUGGGCUUUAUUUAUUGCUUCGAUUUUAUUAAUUUUUGGGCUUUUGAUAGAGCCAAAUCCACUGAAGUGUUCUGAUAAUUCAGAACAUUUCCAAGGGUAUCUUCCUACUGCAACUUUCCAAGACCAACCAAGUGUACUUAGAGGCAAGACUUUGAUGCGAAAUGGCCUUCAAUAUGGUUGAAGAAAUAGUCAGAUAAUCGACUUGGAUCAGGGAAGCACGUUCCACCGAUGUAAUACAUUCCAGAUUUUUCUUUCUUUGAACCCAUCAGGAUGGAGGGUUAGUCAGAUUGGAAAUCAAUGCUGCGAGCAAGUACUGGACUCUAGAAAUAAUCAUCCCAGAAGAGACUCAUCUUCUGACUAUUAUUUCUCGGUGAAGGGAACAAAUUGUCAGAAAGAAGAUACCGAAAUUGGAUUUUAUAAUGAUUUUUCAUUUGCUAUUGCUAAAAUUGCACAAAAAAUUGAUAAUUUCAUUGGACAUAUACUGAAAAUCUUACUCCCAAUGGCUUCAGUCAGAGCGGAAGAGUCCUAUUUAUCAGCCUUCCAGAGACUCAGCUCAGAGGAACUUCAGCUUGAACAAUUAGACGAGGCUGAAUUUUUCAGCAACCCCUAUGACGAAUUCUCUGAUUAUGACAAGAGAAAUCAUGUAUACUUUGGAAAAACAGCUGGUGAAAAUCAAUUGGAUCACCUCGACCAAGAAGAUCUCAAAGAUUUUAUCAUCUGGAGCUAUCAUCAUGGGAAGGAGCACUUACUCAAAGACACAUGAGACUGAUAUCCCUAUGAAGUAGAAGUUGACGAGAAUGGCAUCCUCACGUUUUUGAGUAAGAACUCUACAGGAAUAAAAAUGACAGAUGAGCAAGGAAAGACAGCCUCCUUACCCAAAAUUAUUAAAAGGUAUGAUAUCAAGAAGCUUUUGGAAGAAAGUCCAGCUCUCAUUCCAGAGAUUGAAGAUUUAAUAUUCACAGUGUCGGUAAAUAACGAUAUUGUAGCAAUCAACCCUCAGAGAAACGAUCAAGACAAAGGUCUAGCGAUGAAGGAAAACGGUUUGAGAGGGCUCAGAGGCAACACUGUGUUUUUGCAUAAAUAAAAUUUAUAAUCUUCUUGGAAUAUCUCUUGAGGAUGGCUACAUUAUCUAUAAUAUUACUCACUCUGAAGUUGUCCAAAUUGAGAACAGUGACCUUAUUCCUUUAAAUUACGCACUAGAUGGUCCUAAGAAUCCUACUAUUGUUGAUGACAUCGAAACUGAUAUUCCUACAUUGAACACAAAUACAACUGAUUCUCAUAAAUACACGAAGAUUCUAGAACUAAUUCAUAAAUCAGAAGGAAUUUUAAAUUGGAUUGAUGAGUACUCUAAUCACAUUCUCGUGGUCCUCUUUGUAUAUUGAUUUUUAAUAAUUGCCACAUGCUCCUGGUGAUACAAAUACGGAAAGAAGAAGGAGGAAGUCCAGGUUAUACACCAUGAACUAAGUCAGAGUAAUGCUAGCCAUAAUCAAGAGUCUCAGUUGGCCACUACCUAUCCUAAAGUUCCACAUAGCCACAGGCUUGGACCAAAGAAAAUGCUUGAAGCUAAAAUUCCAGAAUUUGAACUUGAAAAAUCAAGGAAAUCUAAUGAAGAAGAGGAAGAAAAAUCCAGAAAGAUCAGCGAUGUCAGUGUGUUUACUCAUAAUAACAAGACUGGAACUCUUGAAGUACACCUAGAUGAUCCCGAAAGAAAAUUACCUCCAAGAAAAAGCUCUUCUCCAGAACUUGCAUUGGAGAAGGCUAAUACCCUUGGAUUUGUCUCAAGAAGAAACAGAAAUUUCCCAAAUUGAUCAAAGAUUGAGGAAGAAGCACCUAGUCAUAGCGUUUCCCCAACAGGAUCAUUUAAGAAGAGGAGGGAUCUUUUUGCUACACACAAAGAGAAGCACGUAGUGGAGGACUAUUACGUUUCCAAUAAUAAGGUAUUUGUCAAAGAGGUACAAACAAAGACUACCACAUUGGAAAACAAACCUGAACUUCAUAAAAUACUAUUCAAGGAGUUUAAUGAAAGAGGAGCUCGAGAGGCAUCUAAAUUAGUAUCUAAAAAGACAUGAUCAUUUAAAAACAAGCUGAUUCCAAACUUGGAUGCUAUCGAAGAUACAGAAGAGAUUGAUUAUACAGAUGAGAGUUUUGCUAAGAUGAAGUACCACAAUAAAAAUGUAGCCAAUGCUAUCUUUCAAAGAAACAGAAGCAAGACUUAUAAGGAAGAUUCUGAAUAUUUCAAUAUUUCCGAGAUGGAUAAGAAGUUUUCUAGAAACGAACGAAAAGCCAAUACCAACAAUGGAUCUACUUAUAGUAACAAGUUGAAUCAUACUCCUCAGCAAGAGGAAGAAUCUAAGCCUUCUGAGAAGGAUGUGAUCCAAGCUCUUGUUGUAAGUAAACCAAUUCAUAAAAGCCAAAAUAUUGAUGAAAACAUUAGAGAAGAACCUAUUGCUCGAGUGAUUCGCUCUCUGAAGAAGAAUUACACUAAUAAUGAGAUUGAAGAGAGGGUUAUAGUACAGAAUUCAGAAGAGAUCGCACAUGAGGACAGACUGAUAAAAGAUCUCAGGAAUUACACUCCAGGAAAUGCUAUUAAAAGUAAAGAAAACCCUAUCAUCUCCAACUUUGAAGAAAUGAAGACAGAUCUGAUCAAGAAUUCUGAGAAUGGAAAAGUUAUGGAAAUCAGUAGCUCAGGGCCUAACGAGGAGGACGAAGACUCUGUUAUCUUCAUUGAUCAAGGCAAGAGCGAGGGUUCAGCCAGUCAGAUACAAGAUACACCGACUCCUAGACUCUAUCAAGAUACAGGAUAUCUGUCGAGAAUAACAUCUGAAGACCAAGAAGAGGACAAAGAUACAGUCAAAGAUUUUAUCUCAGAAAAUUUUACUAAAGAAGAGGAUAAAUGCCAAAUAUCAUUGGAGGAAAAGGAAGAAUUUACAACUGAAGAGUUAAGAAUAGAGGACUUUGUGCCAAGAUCCUCCCCCUUGUUCAAGCAUCUGGAGUGAGGAAAGACCAAUUCAUUCCAAUACCUAGACUCAAUAGGCAAGGGCGGCUUUGGGUCGGUUGUCAGGGCAAUGCAUAUCUUAGACAAUAAUAUAUAUGCGAUUAAAUAAGAUUAAACUCCACCUUGGAAUUGACCAGGAUAUCAGAGACCAUAAAGUCUUCAGAGAGGUGCAAGCAAUGACAAUAGUCAACCAUGUCAAUGUUGUAAGAUACUACACCAGUUGGCUGGAAAUAGUCCCGAAGGAAGAACAAGAAAAAGAGAGAAAGAAAAUGUUAAGAAGAUUCAAUGGAUACAGGAAAACAAUUCGCGAAAACAGAUUCACUAAAGCACGACAGAGUACUGAAGAGAUUAAGGAGAUUAGAGAAGAUAGUUCAACCCCUAGUCCUUAUGGUUACAGACCUAGCUCUAAUAAUGAUUCUGAUAGUAACAUUGAGUGGGAGGAUAACAACAGUAAAUCAGAAUUUACUCCUUACAAAGAUAUCUCCUUAUCAAACCAAAAUAAGAAUGGAUACAGAAUGGAGACAAGCCAGAGUGAUGGAGACUCUAUCUUCCAGAAAGGAGAGGAUUCUCGGGGUCAGAGAUCGUUCUAUGAUUAUACCCCAAACGAUGAAUAUUGCUCAGAAAGUAGUGAAUCCUCUGUUUCAUUUGACAGUGUAGUUGACUUUACUUCUUGCUUCAAAUAUUUGGAGGUUAAGAAAGAUUUUGUCACCUGCAAUUUAAGGAUACAGAUGGAAAUAUGCUCUGGACACUCCCUCAAAGAGUAUAUCUCAAAUAGAAAUGAUAAAAACCAGGAUAUAGAUAGGAAGAUUAAUUUUAAAUUCUUCAAGCAAAUUACUGAAGGAAUCAAACAUGUCCACAGACAAGGAAUAAUCCAUAGAGAUCUAAAACCAGCAAAUGUAUUCAUCACUGGAGAUAAAGAAAUCAAGAUCGGGGACUUUGGACUAGCCAGGGCUUUUGAUAAGGAGGAUACCAAGAAGCUUGCAAAUGUGUUCAACAAUCAGUACUCUACAAGAAGAAUCUCGAUGAAGAAAAAGACUUUCACUAAAUCUAGUCUUUCUCUAAAAGUUGGAACUCCUCUCUAUCUCAGCCCAGAGCAAGAAGACGGACUAUUCUAUGACGAAAAGGUUGAUAUAUUCUCAAUUGGCUUGAUCCUUUUUGAGCUAUGCAACAAAUUGGUAACAAAUCAUCAGAAAAUCCAAGGUUUCCAGGACUUAAGGAACGGAUACUUGCCUGAAGAGGUUGAAGAGAACAUGAAACCGGAAGCUAAACUACUACUCAAACUCACCAACACAGAUCCUAGCCAGAGGCCAUCCGCUAGCGACAUACUGAAGUGUAGGGAAUACAAAGAAUGGAGGAAGGAAGUUUACUCUGAGGAUCCGUUAGAUGAGUUUGAAUAAGGAUAAUUUCUGCACUACUUACCUGACUACCCACAUUUGAAUUUUAGUUCAAUUGA